AGCUUGCUGUGUGCGAUGGGAGGCGGCCUGGCCUCUCCGGUGCCGCACGGAGCCGUUGAAGGCCUGAGCAGCGCAGCGUUCCCCCCCCCGCGGGCGCACUUGGUUCAGCCCAGUUCGAAGCCGGCGCGGGCCCAGGAGCCGCCGGACCAACGGCGCCCGCGGGCGGAGACACCGGCCGGAGCCCCGGCCGCCGGGCCCCGGGCACAGCGCGCCGCCGAGGGAGCAGGGCCGCGCUCCGCCGCCACACACUGCGGCCCGGACAGGAUGCCGAACCCUGGGGAGAAGACGCCCCUCGGCGAUGGCGAGGACCCGGAGGUGCCCUGCAGCCCUGGGAAGGCCCGGCAGCCGGAGGAGACCCAGCGCGGAGACAUGCCCAGCCUCUGCCCACCUGCUGUCCCACCCUCCAGUCCUCCACAAGCUCUCUCCAUGGCAGAACUAUUAGAGACUGCUCAAGAGGUGUCCAAAAUGACCAUUGCACAUGAGAUUGUGCUGAAUCAUGACUUCAAGGUACAACAAGUGAACUUUGCACCAAACAGCCUGGAAAGCAGAGUGAAGGAGACCUUGCACAAAGCCUUCUGGGACAGCCUAAAAGAACAGCUCUCCACUAGCCCACCAGACUACACACACGCCAUCCGGCUGCUGCAGGAAAUCAAAGAGACCCUACUGUCACUGCUGCUGCCUCGGCAGACCCGCCUACAGAGCCAGAUUGAAGCUGCUCUGGACUUGGAGCUGAUCAGGCAGGAGGCCGAACAUGGGGCACUAGACAUUCCCAAACUCACCACGUACAUCCUCAGCACAAUGGCAACGCUUUGCGCGCCCAUCAGAGACGAGGAAGUGCAGAGACUGCAGAGCCUGACAGACCCAGUUCAGCUGCUCAGAGAGAUUUUCAGGGUGCUUGACUUGAUGAAAAUGGAUAUGGUGAACUUCACUAUCCAGAGCCUCCGUCCCCACCUGCAGGACCGUUCCAUCGAGUACGAGCGGAAGAAAUUUCAGGAGCUCCUAGACAAGCUGCCUAGCAGCCUGGAUCACACGACAGAGUGGCUACGCAAAGCAGCAGCAGACACCUCUGCAUCUCCUUCGCUGUCCCCAUCCCAGCCUGAGUCCAACAUCCCACCUGCCUCAUCCCUACAGGGGGCAGUCCACAGGAGUUCAGACCUCCCAAGUCCCACAUCUGUGCUAAACCAAGGCUACAUGAGUCUGCUCCAUUGGGAGCCUGGACAAGAAAAAUAUCCCGAGACACUGUUGAUGGAUCAAGCUCGGCUGCAGGAAGUACGAUCACAGGUGAAUCGUCUUACCAUCAUAGCUGCGGUCCUGCUAGUGACCACUGGCAUGUGUGGAAGCGCCUUGUGCAGCUCACCUGGGUUUGUAGAUAGGCUGAAACGGGUAACAGAGGUCCUCCUGGAAGGGCUCCCUCAUACCAGGUUUGAGGAAGCUUUACUGGACAUCAGCCAUCAAGUAUGCCAAGAAGUUAGUCGGACUCUCUCUCAGCUGGGUUGUCCUCCUCUCAGCAGUGACAAUACCGCUUCCCUCAAAGGGCAGAUAAAGAGCAUCACAGACAAGGACAACGCCGUUCGAAGCGUCAUCGAGCAACGGAUCCAUUCGUUCCUCAGCCUCUGCCUGUCUCCUGCUGAACAGAAAUCUCUUGAGAACUUUCCAAAAGGCCUCGCUCCUAUUCAGGAAGAACUGAGGGAAGUCGGCCGCAGGUUUGGCAGUGUGACUCAUCACAAUAGGCAGGUGUUUGGACCCUACUAUUCAGGAAUUUUAAAGAAAGUCCUCCUCCCAGAGGUGGAGCCAGAGGCUGGGAUCGAUUCUUUCUAACCGUCUCAUAGAAGGCAGUGGGAGCAGGAGAGGGAGGGGGACUCUGGGGCAGUCUUUCAAAUCAUGCGUUAGCUUAUGAAGUCAGUUGCAGCCAACGAAGCCGCUGCCCUGGCUUGGUAUAGCAGUAGCCCAAGCACUAGCGCAGCUGGGCCAUCAUAGCUCUUGCGGAGAACUGCAUAAACAACAAUGGACAAUACACCAGGGCUGUCUGAAUAAACCCUUACGCUGAAAAAACAGUUGCCCUCUUUCUUCCCCCCACCCCAACCUGCCAUUGCUUCCGUGUUGCCGUAGGUGGUCUCAUGGGCUGGGGAGUGGUGAAUUUACAUGGCAACACAAAAAAAGGGGGGUUCUGCAGCCUGGGCAACCUCAAUUCCCCUCCUUCUCAGCUGUUCAUUUUUCUAUAGGGUUUUACCCUAGGGACAGUAUUUGGAUUUGACAAAGCAGCUAGAUGUACUUAUGUUUGCUUGGAAAAUCUCACUCGGUUUCACGCUGUCCCUUAAGAUUUUGCACAAAGCAAGAACUACCAUGGCAUUCUGACCUAUAAGACUGUAGUAUUUAUGCACUAGCCAUAUUUUACUCAGCUUGUGAAUAUACUGGGAGCAGAGCCUGAAUUGUGACCUGCAUUGAAGUGGCUGGACUUUCUUUCUUGUAGACAAGCUUCUCAACUUUUGACGUUGUAAGUAAUAGAUCACCACCACCGUCUCUUUGCUAAAGCCAUACUGUGCUGUCCCAAUGCCAAAGUCUACAAGUGUGACCACUGUUUUGUAUGGACCAUUUGCUGACAGUAAUCACAGUGGAGAAGCAAGCAGCUCUGUCCUGUCUAUGGAUGUAGCUUUACCACUUGUCUGGCCUAACUAGGAUAAGAGAAUCAACAUCUACUUUGCCCCAAUAAGGGGAGGAAACCACCCUUAUCAAAAACUCUGACAUGGGUCCACUGACGGGUAUCAGCAGUCAGACAGAGCAAGAGUGCAACUAGCCAGCUGCCACACACCCCAAAGAAAUGGGUACUCAACAGUACACUGAGUGAGGUGAGUGGAGACAAGUUAAAAAUGUCAUCUUUAUCUUGAGCAAAACCAUUACCUGGUAGUAUCCUUCAUCUCAUGCAGCUGAGUUCAGAAGUCAGCAUACAAGAGCCAGUGCCCAGCUCCCCACGAUUUUCCUACCUGCUGCACAGGUCACCCAUCUUCUGGAGGAGAAGGAAGGCAGCACUGCUUUGGACGGGAAAUGCAGGUUCCACGCUUGAAAGCUCAGCAAGGAGGGAACUUAUGGUUGUCUGCUUGCAGCUGUUUUACAUUGUGUAAGAGCUUUUGCAGAGAUGACUGAGAGGUAACUGGAGUAAGUGCAAAGAGGGCUGUCAGGGAAACCAGGAGAGGUCACUUUUUCCUUUGAACAUGAAGGAGGAUAAAACAUUUCUGCUUGUUCAACUAAAACAACCAUCUGUUGUACGAGGCACCAGACAUUUGUGGUGUCAUGUCUGCACUCCUAGAAUGGAGCUCCACGUUUUUAAAGCAAAAGACUUGCAUAGCAUUUACGUCCCAAUAACGGAGGCACACGUGUGUGUCUAAGUUUAUUUAUUCAGUCUGUUCUAAGUUGUACAAUUAUGAAAACAACAGAACGACUGCUGGAAGCCCAGGAAUAUUUACAAUCUCGCCUUGUUGUAGUGAGGUCAGUCUAUGUUGUUGCACAGAUUGGUUACGUUUGGUACCACAAGAUGUUUAAAAUUCAGACAAAAUUUGAACAGAUCAACAAUUGUAUGUACAAGAAAAUAAAAGGAAAUAAUUCAAGUAUCAAAA